AUGCCACAAUUGUUUCAAGUGAAUCUUGAGGGGAACUCAUUUGAGGGUUCUAUUCCAGACCUAUCCAAUUGCAAACAUUUGAAAUAUCUGUCCUUGGCAAAUAAUAGAUUAACAGGUGUAGUUCUACCUUCUCUGGGAUUGCUCAAUGAAAUCUAUCAAGUUUCGUUGGAAAACAACUGGUUGCAGGGUCCUCUUCCUUUAUUUAAUAAAGUUCGGACUCCAGAAAUAAAUCUUACGUCUAAUGGAUUCUGUUUAGAUCAUCCUGGGUCUUGUGAUCACAGAGUCACUACUUUGCUUCAAGUUGCUCAGGGAUUUCAUUAUCCAUUCCUAUUGGCGCAAUCAUGGAGAGGAAACAAUCCCUGUGAAGCUUGGAAUUUCAUUACAUGUGAUGAUAAUGGCAAUAUCAGAACCGUUAAUUUAACAAAUUUGAAUUUGACUGGGUCAAUAUCCCCUUCAUUCAAAAAUUUAACGGAUCUGUGUCAAUUAUAUCUUGGUGGAAACAGAUUGAAUGGGUCCAUACCAGAAAGUUUGACAAACUUACAACAACUCAAGUUUUUGGAUGUGUCCAACAACAAUCUAUCGGAAAAUCUUCCACCAUUUUCAAAAAAGAUCAUGGUCAUUACAACGGGCAAUAUUUUUCUUCAGCAGUCUCACUCAUCUAAAAUUUCGCUAUCUUCUGCUUUUAUCAUAGGUAUUUCAAUUGCUGGUGUUGGUGUUAUUGUAAUCAUCUUUGUUGUGAUUGUUUAUUAUUAUAAGAGACAAAAAAAAUUUUCUAUUGAUAAGCAAGUUGAUAGUUUGAUAGCAAGUUAUCGUACUAUAACACUGGUAAAAAGAUAUACUUAUGCAGAAGUAAAACAGAUGACAAAUUCAUUUUGUGAGAAAUUGGGACAAGGAGGAUAUGGUAUUGUAUAUAAAGGAAGUUUAAAUGAUGGUAGUCAAGUGGCAGUGAAAAUACUUAAAAAGUCAAAAGGAAGUGUGGAAGAAUUCGUAAAUGAAGUUGUUACUAUCAGCAGAACAUCUCAUGUGAACAUUGUUUCACUUUGGGGAUUUUGCUACGAAAUGAAUAAACAAGCCCUUAUUUAUGAAUUUAUGUCCAAUAGCUCUUUGGACAAAUAUAAAUAUAAACAUGGACGUUCCUCUCUCAGUUCUCUCUUUUCUAAUUUAGAUUGGAAAGAACUGUACAAUAUUGUAAAUAGCAUUGCUCAAGGAUUAGACUACUUACAUGAAAGAUGUAAUACAAAAAUUUUGCAUCUUGAUAUCAAACCUCAAAAUGUGCUUCUUGAUGAAAAGUUUUGUCCAAAAAUUGCAGAUUUUGGAUUAGCUAAAAUAUGCAAAAAUAAUAAAAGUAGUAGGCUAACAUUUAGCAUAAGAGGGACUCCGGGUUAUAUUGCACCAGAAAUGUUUAAUCGACGAGCAUAUGGUGGAGUUUUUUGCAUGUCAGAUGUGUAUAGUUAUGGAAUGUUAAUUCUUGAAAUGAUGGGGGCAAGAGAUGAUCCACAUAUUAAAAGAUCUCAUAAUAGUGAAUCCUACUUUCCUGAUUGGCUUUAUAAGGAUCAAGAUGAAGAUUUUAUUUAUUACAGAAGUUUUGCUUUCGAUAAAGAUGAUGAAAUUAUAAUACAAAAGAUUUUGUUAGUGGGCUUACACUGUAUUCAAACGGAUCCAUCAAAAAGACCAACAAUGAAAAAAGUGGUGGAAAUGUUAGGGGGAGAUCUUAAAGCAAUAUCACGUCCUGAGAAAUUUGUCAUGUCUUCUUCUCCUACAUUCCCUCUUUUAUCGUAUUCAGGUGCAUCUCGUAGUGAUAUAUAUGAGACAAAUUCGAUAAUUGAAGAAUUAAAUGGUUAA